AUGGGGUACCAGCGGUGGGUACUGCCUGUGCCAACAGGCGGUGUCUCGAGCAACAGCAGCAGCAGCAGCAGCAGCAGCAGCAACUGCAGCAGCAGCGGCUCCUGCAGCAACGGCAACAACUGGCAGCUCAACAGCACUGUGUGGCUCCCCAAAGCCAGCGAGCCCUCAUCAACAGCAGCAGCAACAGCAGGAGCAGCAACAGCAACAGCAGCAGGAGAAGCUGCUGCUGCUGUUGCUGCCACAUCGCCUGUGUCUUGUUCACUCACUUGCUGCUCCCUAGACUCCUUGCUGCCGGCCUGCUACCUGCUGGCAGAGCAGCAGCAGCAGCAGCAGCAGAAGCAGCUGAGCCUCGCUGAGCUGCCGGCACUCCCGGAAGUCGCCGUGUCGCUGCUUGAGCUGCUGCCGCAAGAGCAGCAGCAGCAGCAGCAGCAGCAGCAGUCACCUGCAGAGCUCUUUAUUCCGCUUCAGCUGCGUUUUUUCUGCUGCAAGCGCAGCAGCAGAAACAGCAGCAGCAGAAGCAACAGCAGCAGCAGCAGCCAGCAGGCAAUAGAGUGGCUUGAAGCCCCGGAGGUGCAGCAGCUGCUGUCGCUUCCCUCGUCAUCUCCCUUUUGGGUUUACCCACAGCAGCAACAGCAGCAGCAGCAGCAGAACUUGUUUGCUGCGCUGCAACCGGAGACACAGUUCUUGCUGGCCCGCAUUACUACGAAACAGCAGCAGCAACAACAACAGCAGCAGCAGCAGCAGGAGCUAAGUCAGCUCGUGCUGCUGGCACCCCUGACAGACCCUGAGGCUUGCUGCCGAGCUGCGCUGCAGCGCAGCAGCAGCAGCAGCAGCAGCAGCGGAGCCUCUGGCGGUGGAUUUGAGGUGUACGUACACCUCGAGAGAGGCCACACAGGCAGCAGAGCAGCAAAACUGCUUAUCUGUUUAACAGCAGCAGCAGGAGUGUCUUUACAGCAGCUGUUACUGGCUUUUUCAGAAGCUGCAGCAGCACUGCUGCCUUGCUGCGGCCCUCCGCGGCCUGUGAAGGAGCUGCUGCUGCAGUGCCGUUCGGCAGCAGCAGCAGCAGCAGAAAAGGACAGUCAGCAGCAGCUGCGGCAAACAGAAGGCCAGCAGCAGCAGCAGCAGCUGCAGCAGCAGCAGUUGCUGCUGCUGCGGGGCUUAGGCUGGUGCUCCUGGGAUGCCUUUGGGCCGGACUUGACGCCUCAAGGCCUUGCUGAGGUUGCUGCUUUGGGCCUUUUCGCCUGGAUGCUAAUAGACGAUGGCUGGCAGCAAACCAGACCCCUUCACAAACAGUGA